AUGGCGCUAUUCGACGUUGUCCCUUUUACAAUCACUCAGACCAUUGUUCUGGCUACUGGAGCAAUUGCCGCUUAUCUCAUUAUAGGCGCUGUAUAUCGACUUUACUUCAGCCCGUUAGCGAAAUUCCCCGGGCCCAAACUUGCAGCGCUGACGUUGUGGUAUGAAUUCUGGUACGAUGUCGUCAAAGAGGGCAGAUAUUCCUGGAGGAUUGCCGAAAUGCACCGAAAGUACGGUCCGAUAGUGCGCAUCAACCCGUAUGAGUUGCACAUCAACGACCCAGACUACUACGACCACAUUUACACAGGGCCAACCAAACACCGUGAAAAAUGGGCCUGGUCUUGUGGUAUGUUCGGGACGACGACGGCACAUUUUGGGACCAUCGAUCAUGACCUGCAUCGGCUCCGUCGUGCACCGAUGGGACCAUUCUUCUCCAAAAGGUCGGUGCUCAAGCUCGAGCCACUCAUUAAAUCGUCCAUUGAGAAGCUCUGCGGACGCCUGAAUGGCUUUCGGCUUACGAAGGAGCCUGUCAAUCUCCGGUACGCGAUUAAUGCGAUGAAUCUAGACAUCAUUAGCGAUUAUACGUUUGGGAAGUCCUUCAAUUGCCUAGAGGAGGAAGAUUUCGCAUGCGUUUGGGCCGACAUUGUGGAUUCCGUGUCGAAGCAGACUCACCUGAACAAGCAGUUCCCUUUCAUCUUGAGAAUGAUGCAAUCCUUGCCCAUUUCCGUGGUGCAGAAGCUCAACCCUGAUAUGAUGCACCUCAUCAACUUUCGGCUUGGCCUGGUCAAUCAAGUGACAGCCGUUCUGGACGGGAAGAACGAAGGUUACAAGACGUCCGACCAUCCGACCAUCUUCCACGAACUGAUCAAGACCGAUCAGCUACCGCCUGAAGAGAAAACCAUGCAGCGGCUGGUAGAUGAGGGGCAGGUCAUUGUGCAGGCUGGCCAGGUGACUACCACCCAUAUGUUGUACUCGACUAUGUUCCACAUCCUGAACAAUCCACAAAUCCUUGCUAAGCUGAAGGAAGAGCUCUUUGAAGCUAUGCCAGAUGGCCAACUUGCUCCGCUGCAGAAGUUAGAACGUCUGCCAUACCUUUCUGCGGUUGUGUCCGAAGGGCUUCGCACAAGUUACGGCACAUUUCAUCGGCUGCAACGUAUCUCCCCAGAUGAGGAUCUUGUCUACAAGGACUGGGUGAUUCCAGCGGGUACGCCCAUGUCCACUAUCCCAAUGUUCCUGCACGAUAAUGAGGACGUCUUCCCGCAACCGAAAACAUUCCGACCUGAGCGUUGGCUGGAUUCAGCGCAGCGCGACCAGCUGGAGAAGUACCUUGUUCCCUUCAGCAAAGGUACAAGAGGAUGUAUUGGGAAGCAUUUAGCCCAAGCAGAAAUCUACCUCACCCUCGCGGCUGUGUUCAGAAACUUCGAUAUGGAACUUUAUGAGACCACGAUCGAGGAUAUCGAGACAAAGCACGAUUACUUCAAUCCCCAACCGAGGGCUGAGAGUAAGUACUUGAGGGUCAUCGUGAAGUGA